AACCUUUGCAGUAAACUGGAUUCCGAUUAGUAAUCUCGUUGGGAAGAAGAAAGAACUUGAGCGAGUUUAUAUACAAUGGAAACUCGACUGGAAGACGGUAAUCCGUCGUCAACGUGAUUAGAUAUCGGAAACUAUCAGUAUAAACAAAAAAAUUUUGCCAUUGAAAAUUACUAUGAUAAGAAAACAGAAUGUUAAAAUUAAACUCUGCCUCAUGUGAUAAUGACAGUUCUCCUGAGGAAGUCAUUCAGCUGAGCGAAACUACAUCGACUACUUGUAGCAAUGCACACAGAAGCGAAUGGAAUACGAGCGAUGACUCCCUUUUAAAUGUCAAGACUGAUAAACAAGAUGAUAACGAUAAAUACCAGCACAGCCUGCACAUUAGAGAGAAAGGAACUGAGAGCGAGGAUUCAGAGAAUAGUGAAACAGUCAAUUUAAUUUAUCCGUAUACAACCUUAAGAAUGGCCAGAUCAACUGCAGAAGCAAUGGAAGAACAGGCUGAAACAAUUGCCAACCACAUUCAGAGGAAGAACAAACAAGAUGAUCCACUGUCAGAGUUAGCAAAAUUGGAGAUGAUUAGGGACAUGUCACAAUGUCUCACUCUCAAAAGAUCUGUCAAAGCCAAAAUAAUAUCCGAAAGCCUAAAGUCAAAGAGGAGACCAAUUGGCUACUGGAAGAAUUUAAGAUACAAAAUGAGUAUGACCAUAUCAAAGAUGAAAAUUGCAUUUAGACAAUUUGGAUCAUCGAUUGAGCUCUGGUAUCACCCAAUAAAAACAAUCGAAGGUCACUUUGGAAGUGGAAUAGCAACUUAUUUUAAAUUUCUGAGAUGGUUAUUUAUCAUGAAUACAGUUGGAUGCGUUUUCAGUAUUUGCUUUGUCACUUUGCCACAAGUAUUGGUGCAAUCUCACCAGAUUGAAACUUUCAGCUCGUGGGACUUACUGUUAGGAAACGGCCUUUUUACAAACAGUAUUUUUUAUUAUGGAUUUUAUACUAACGAUACGUUAAUGCUUGAUUCCGAAGUUGCUUAUGAUAUGCCAUCAGCUUAUUUUUUAACAUUUGUAUUUUGUUACACAUUUACCUUCAUUUUAUUAUGUUUCAAGGUGGCUAGAUCGUAUAAGAAAUGUUAUAUCGAGACUUCAAGCGGUGCCAAUAAUCGUUAUGCCAAUAAAAUAUUUUGCAGUUGGGAUUGGGGUAUCUCGUCUCAAAAGGCAGCCAGCCUACGUUCGGCCUCGAUUUACCGAGAACUCGAGGAACUUUUGUGGGACUCCAAAAACUUGGUCACAACGUCGUCUUGCUGUACGAGGAUCUGGACGCACCUUAUCAGAAUAACGAUGACGACGUUGAUACUAGCUGUAAUGUGCGGAACCGGUGUCCUCUUGUGGCUCCUAUUGAAUGAGCACGAGGCCGACGAGACCAAGGUCGUCUCGGUGUUGACGGUACCAGUAGUAAUAACAGCGAUAGUAACGUUCAUCCCACCCUUGAUGUCGUGGUCGGUGAAGUACGAGAAAUAUGCCAAAGAUAGAGUAGCCUUCUACAUUACCAUGAUCCGCGUGUACAUAAUCGCCGUGAUAGCUGUGGCCACGUUGCUAACGUUUUGGCUGACCCGAGGUAUCCAAGCCGGUUGUUGGCAGACACGACUUGCCCAGGAGAUCUACCGGCUCGUCUUGCUCGAUUUGUUCGUCAGCGUGUUCGGGAUGUUUCUGGUUCAAGUCAUCCGAGCUUCGAAGCCUUUGCGCGAGAGAUUCGGCGCGCCUACUUUCGACAUCGCUCGCAACACCCUCAAUCUGAUCUACAACCAGAGCCUCUUCUGGCUCGUCCACUACUUCAGUCCGCCGAUCUCGCUGGUCAUCCUAGUUAAACUGCUGAUCACUUUCUACGUGAAGAAGUGCGAGCUGCUCUACUUCUGCGAACCGCCCUCCAAGUUCUGGCGAGCAGCUCAGACGCAGACGCUUUUUCUUGCAUUGACUUUUCUCGGGAUGAUCAGCGCUAUCACUGUACUAAGUUAUGUACUCAUUUACGUGGACACCAGUAGCUGCGGCCCGUUCGCCGGUACCGAGUACACCUGGCAGCACGUAGUGGAGCAGGUUCUACAGCUGAGGAGGGACAGCACCUUCUGGAUCGUUCUCGGGGAGAUUGCCAAUCCGGGAACUGGGAUAGCCCUGCUGAUCACCAUGUGUGUUGCCGUGUACUACUUGAGGGCCAAAGCCGAGGCUUCCAAGCAGAUGGUGCGGAUUUUGCGUGAGAUGCUAGUUUGGCAAGCCCGAGACAAGGAGUUUCUCGUCAAGACGUUCUCGACCGCUACCAGCAAUAGUCCACUGCGACAUCGCCAAUUACCAAAAUCACUCAACGCUUCCAGUGCCAACAACGAGGCAACAAGCGAGCCAGCACUCGUGAACGAGCCAUCGACGAGUUAUUAACAAUUAAUAAUGAAUUUACUAGAUCAAUUUAUCUUACGAAAUAAGACUGCAUGUGGAGCUGUGUCAAAUUUGAACAAAAUAUUAUUAAAUUUUAUAUAUAUAUAUUAAUAUAUAUUUUAUAUAUCACCGUAUAGUGUUUAACGGACAAUUAAAUAUUUGUAUUUUACGAGAAUAAAAGAAGAUACUAAUUUUUAAAAAA